AUCUCUACUCGAAUUCUGAUGCCAUGCCAUCAAAUCAUAACAUUUAUUUUAUUACAAAAAAUUAAGUACCUAAUUCUCAAGUACCUUCAUUGUACAAUUUGUGCGUUUAUGAUUUUAGGAAUUAAAUACUAAAAAAUGAGUAGUAGGAACCAAGGCUCCAGCGCAAACGGUUCUCACGCAGCGAAGAGAGAAAGGUCUCGGUCUCGAUCCCCAAGAAGACAUGAGGACAGAUUACCAAAUAAAAGGGACAGGGACAGUAAAGAUGAAAGGAAAGAUGAGACCCACAGUUCCAAAUCAGCAGAUAAUGUAGGCUUAGGAGCUAAAAAUAGAUUAAAAAGUAUAAGCAUACAGAUGAAACUAGGUGAUAAGAAAGCUCCACUUCCUAAACCAAAAAUGACAGUUGCCAAUGUUUUCAACCAAGAUAGCGACAGUGAACCUGAAGAAAUGCCCGCCAUUGCUAGAAUGCGGAUGAAGAACAUAGGAAGGGACACACCAACGUCAUCUGGUCCCAAUUCUUUCGGCAAAACAAAACAUGGUUUUUCUGAUGCUAAAAAGUUGUUCGAAAAAACUCUAAAAGAAGCGAUGGAGAGUGCGAGAGCUGAUGAUUAAUUUAUUAUAAUUUAUGAAGUGCAAAAAUAUUGUUUAAAAAAGUCUCAUAUUUAAGAUAGGUAAAAUUUUUAAUUACAGAAUAAAGUCUCCCAACAAAAUUUAUGAAACCCUUUUCUUUUCCAGUGCUUUGUUUUCACUGGAAAUUAAGUUCAACAAUGAAAAAGCUUCCUGAGCCUUUAUAACCUCAUAUAAUUUUCAGUGUGUUUUUGAAUGUUUACUAAUUAGGAUAAUUCAGUUGCAAUAAACUUUGUUUGUUUUUCCAUAUAAUUUAGUCUGGAUACUUGAGUUUGUAUCACUUUUGAUCAAUCUCUCCUAGGCAGUGCCGGAUUAACCAUUAGGCAAAGUAGGCGGUUGCCUAGGGGCCUCGGCCCCAAAGGGGGCCUCGCAGAGCCAAAACGAAAAAAUAAUAAUUAGAAUUAAAGAAAAACUAAAAAAUAAAUCAUAUUAUGUUAAGAAAUUCAAAUAUCACGCAAUACCAUAAAAGUACGUAUCAAUACGUAUCAAACUACAUUACGCUGCAUACUUUUGUUCACAUAGAAAGCCUAUGUUGUGAGAAUAAGUCGCUAAUGUAGAAGCCGUUUGGUAGAAGAAACAGUGCCUGCUAGUCUGCAGGGUUUCCCACCCUACCCUCUCCUCCACUACCUAUGCGUUUCGCUCUAGUUUCUCGCGAAAAUUAUCAUUUACCGUCUUAUUUCCUCUUAGUUUGGUUUUGUUCUUUGGAAGAGAAUGACUGUUUUCGUGUAGUUAGGUGCAGUAGUUGAUCAAAUAGUAAGUUACCCAGCAUUGGGAAGCUAUGAUCAAAUGUUUAAAUUAAACUCCACUAAGCGAUCUCAUUCGCCACGAUCUAGUCCUUAAAAGAGCAAGCAGCACUAGAUGGAGUGCAAGUGCUAAUGCAACAAUAGCUUUGUCUAAAGGUUACAACGCCUUCAAAACUGCUGUUCAUACUCUUGCUGAUGACACUAAUCAGAAAGAUGAAACAGUUCGGAAGGCUAAGUGUUUGUAAAAAUAAAUGUCAAAAAGAGAAACAUUCAUGUUGAAUGAGUUUUGAGCAACAAAUUUUAGAACGCAUCAACGCUGUCAGUAAAUCAUUACAAACAGAGAGAAGAGAUUGGACUUCAAACUUCAGUUCAGUUUCGAAAUUCACUUUUGGAGUUCUGAAAAUCCCAAAGAGAUCACUUUUGCUUACUACGAGCAGACGGCCUGUGAUCUACAAUAUUCCAACGAGAAUAAACGAAAUCCAGCAAGAAAACUAUAUUUUGAUGAUGCUAAUUCCAGUGAAGUUUUUCUAGAGGAUGGAGAAAAGUUAAAGGUUGAGACGUAUCUACCAAUUUUGGAUAAGCUAAUUACUGAGCUGAGUUGUCGGUUGACAGCGUACGAGUCAGUGAACUCCAAUCCGCAAUCUGUUUAAUUUUCUCUAUGUGCUCUGAAACGCCUCUGCAUGUUGAGGGUUCUGCAAAAUCUGCUUCUUUAUAUAGAUUUGAGAGUGGCAUUGGUUUCAUGCACCCCGUUACUAUCCUGCUUGUCCCAUUUAGAGCAGUGUCAACUUGUUUGGCGUGGGCAGAUCUUCCUAAAACGGGUCACGCAUAUUCAGCAGUUGAGAAACAUAAUGCCUGUGCCGUUGUUCUUAAGACGCCAGGACAUGCACCCCCUUUUCAUCCCGUUAGCUUUCUGAGUAUGCUCUUCCUAGUUGUUACUUUCAAUUUCGUUUUUAUGCAAUGUUGUCUGUAGGUGAGGGACCGGUCCAGAGUUACUCCAAGAUAUAUAGGUUGGUCUGUGAGUUCUAGUGUAUUACCAUUCCACGCAAUUUGGAGUUUUCGCUUGGCUUCCUUUGCGCGAAGGUGGAAGGCGCAGACUUGGGUCUUAGAAGGAUUGGGUCUCAGGGAAUUAUGCAGAUAGUACUCUGUCAUUGUUUUCAAGGCAGUUUCGAGCUUCUUCUCCAUUUCUUUAAGCACAUAUUACGAGAUCGUCAAUAUAGAGGAAAUGCUUGGUUUCAGUCGGCGUAGGUUGGUCGUUUGUGUAUAUAGUGAAGAGCAUUGGUGCUAAAACACUUCCCUGUGGGAGGCCGUUCUUUUGAACUCUCUUUGCCCUCCAGCAUAACGAAAAAACGUCUGUUUUGCAGUAAGGAAUAUACGACCUCAUAUAUGUUGCUAUUGGUUGUAAGAUAGUUUUAUAUACAUACCAUGAACUUUACUUCCCUAUGGCUGGUUUUGUUUCCCAAUAUUGUAUCUUUUUCUACAUCACAAGCGAAACAAGAGCUAUAGUCAGGACAUAAAGUUUUUUCAAUUUCCUUUUGCCGAAAUGUAAAAUUCAAGAGAAAUAUUUUCUUGACGGUUUUCUGAUUAUGUAGUGUUUGUGUAAUAUUUUAAUUUUAUCGAUUCACUUAUGAUAACUAAAAUGUCAUACAUUUUAUACUAGAUAACUAUAAAAUGGUAUUGUCAGCAUUUUGAGGUUCAGUCCUGGGACGAUUUUAUUAGAGGAUCAUUAUUGUCAUUUCUGUCUGUCAUUUUACAUUACGUGGCUCAGAUGUUUGCGUUUUUGAAGUUUUUGAAACACUCCUUUGUCUUUAUUUGUCUUCUUAAUUGGAUAUUUGAUUCUUUUAGGAAAUCCUACAUAUUUUUCUUUUUUAAAAGUCUAAGAUAUAAGAAACUGUACAUCUAUUAAGUGAUACAUCUAAGCAUUGGCUACUUGACUGAUUCAUUACUCUCCCCCAAUACCAAAUAACGGAUAGAAGUUUUGGUAUUUUAGCGUUUGGGUUUUAGAUGCUGUAAUUUUUUUACUAGCUUUAGAAACUAAUUGUUGGUAAAACGUGUAUUACUUAUAGUCCACAGUACAUCGUCCUUUUUGGAAGAUGAUCAUAAAAGUCUUAAAAAUGGUCUUAACUGCUUCGUUUGAGCGAGUCUACCCUUUUCUCAAACAUUUCAGAGUGCAUGUUGGACGCAUUUCCGCGUCCCGUGUCAUUAACAUAUUUAGGUUGUCGGACUAAAGAAGCGAGGCUGUAAAUUUGUCGGACAAGAGAUCGACAAUCUUUAUUAAUUAAAUAUAAGUACUUUAAAUUGAAAAUUAAGAGUUCUGUGAUGUCACCCGCAAGAUGUCACUCUAGCGCGGUAGUUUUGUUAUUACAAAAUUCUUAAUUUUCAAUUUAAUGUACUUAUAUUUACUUAAUAAAGAUUGUCGAUCUCUUGUCCGACAAAUUUACAGCCGCGUUUCGUUAUUAGGACAACGUAAAUAUGUUAAUGACACGGGACGCGGAAACGCGUCCAACCUGCACUCUAAAAUUUUUCUGAAAGUGGUAGACUCGUUUAAACGAAGCAGUUAAGACCAUUUUUAAGACUUUUGCAAUCAUCUUCCAAAAAGGACGAGGUACUGUGGACUAUUAACUGUAUUUUGUAGAAUGGUUGCAUGUACCUGCAAGCUAAAAUUGAUGUUGUUAUUAUAAUUUAUUUUAGUUUACGUUGUUGUUGAGAUUUUUGAAAUUACAACAAUAGUAUUGACAUAAUUUGAAGUCGGUUGUAACAUAGAGAUAAUUUUAAGAAAUAUUUUUGCACUGUUAGUCUUUUUUAGUCAAUUCAAAACGAAAUUUUGUUGUAAAAUCUUUUAAGUUAUGUUCAUGAAUUCUUGUAAAAAUCGCGUCACAAUAGCACUAUGGUUAGUUUUAUAAGAUACUAACUUUAUUUAAUUAUUGUUGAGUGUAUGUAUCCAUUACAUACAUAUUAAUAGAUUAAUUGACAUGUUGUAUAUUACAACUACUAUUAAACAAACAUUAAAAAACA